AUGGCAGGUCCCGAAUGGAUAUUGUCGCUGAAGUUAAUGGACCAGCCUUCUCUCCCGAAGUCUGUGCUGCAGUUUCCAGAAGCAGAACCUGGUGAUGUCCCGCCUGGUCAGUAUCGGGUUGCUACUCUAAAACAGCUUGUUUCAGCACAGUUACCGGAUACUAUUCCAGAUCCAGAUCUUAUAGAGCUGGUGUACUGCGGCAGGAAGCUGAGAGAUGAGCUCACUUUAGACUCCUACGGAAUCCAGUCAGGAUCCACAGUGCACAUCUUGAGAAAGUCAUGGCCAGAACCUGAGGUCCAGCCUGAGCCAGUGGACAAAGUAACAGCUGCAAGAGAAUUUCGUGUCCUGCAGGCAGCUCUUCACACCAGCACAGCCUACAGAGACUCGGUGUUUAAGAUGCUUAACAACAAGGAAUCUUUGGAUCAAAUAAUUGUGGCAACACCUGGCCUGAGUAGUGAUCCAAUGGCUCUUGGUGUCCUUCAAGACAAGGACCUCUUUGUGCAAUUUACAGAUCCCAACAUGCUUGACAUGUUGAUCAGCUCUCAUCCAGCACUGGUUAAUGCCAUCAUUUUGGUGUUGCAUUCUGUAGCGGGCAGUGUGCCCAGCCAGACAAGUGCAAGCUCUUCCAGAAAUGUGUCCUCUAGCUCCUACAGUGACAUGCCAGGAGGUUUUCUUUUUGAAGGCAUGUCAGAUGAUGAGGAAGAAUUCCAGUCUGGGAAUCGCGGUGGGCCAUCCACCAGCUUUGCAGGCUUUUCUGGGUUGAGGCCUGCUACCUUAGGUUACAGUGGAGCAGUAGGACCCAGACCAAUCACCCAAAGUGAGCUUGCAACAGCUCUGGCCCUCGCCAGCACUCCAGAGAGCAGUGCUGUUACACCUACCAUAGGAAAUCAGGGUGCCUCUUCAGGGGUUUCACCUAUUCCUGCUGGAACUCCUAUAACAAAUGACUUGUUUAACCAGGCCCUACAGCAAGCCUUACAAGUGUCCAGUAUUUCCUCACUCCAGAGUCAGUGGCAAUCUCAACUUCAGCAGCUGCGUGAUAUGGGAAUCCAGGAUGAGGAGCUUAUCCUGAGAGCCCUACAAGCCACUGGUGGAGACAUUCAAGCUGCUCUAGAGCUCAUUUUUGCUGGAGGAGCACCAUGAAAUACUCACUAUAUUUUACACUACAAUAUUUGUGCACUUUUCUCUGAGAUGCCCACAUGUUUUAUUUAUUUUAAAUUAUGUGAACAUGUUUUAAGAAAACUGUUUAUUACGCCGACUCAACCACCAAUGUUCGAAGAUAUUAUAAGAUAUUAUAUUGAAGUUCUGUGUAAAGUUA